AGAGUUUAUUUCAUGCGAUGUUAGAAAAUGAGCCAUGUCAAAGUAGCGUGAAACCGAGAGAUGGCGAUACAGCAACAAGUGACAGCUAGCCACGCCUAUUGAACACAAGAAGAACAGUCACAAAUAAGCGUAGCAAGCUGACAGCUGGGAGAAAUCGUUUAGUUCUACCUCCUUCAUUCUUGUAUUCCUCGCGUUGCGCUAAUGGAGCAUCUUGGCCGAGCAUUGUGCAUCAUCACCGGGGCGUCCAAAGGUUUUGGCCGGGCGCUUGCAAAAGAGAUGGCGCGGGUGGUGAAGCCCGGAUCGGUGUUCGUCCUGGUAGCCAGAUCUGGUGACGAGCUGCAGACUCUCAAGACUGAGUUGGUCGAGUCGGAAUUGGAGGUUCGCUGCGUGGUGUUGGAUCUCUCCCAGAUGGAAGCACCAGAGAGGGUCGUCCAGACCGCGAAAGAGUCUUUUUCACCGGACAUAGAACAUGUUAUUCUCGUUAACAACGCUGCGGCUCUAGGUGACGUGUCCCGAUUCACCAAAAGCUUUACCAGCAUGGCCGAGGUAGACUCCUACCUAUCUUUCAAUGUCAGCUCUGCUUUGUGUCUCACUGCCCGCGUGCUGCAAGCCUUUCCAAAGCAAUCAGGUUUGUGCCGCUGCGUGAUCAACAUCUCCUCACUGUGCGCGCUGAAGCCGUUCUCCUCUUGGGUGCUGUACUGUACUGGCAAGGCGGCCCGAGAUAUGAUGUUCAAGGUUCUGGCAGAAGAGGAGCCAGACUUGCGUGUGCUCAACUAUGCUCCAGGUCCAUUGGACACAGACAUGCAGUUAGUAGCCAGGACCAGAACGGGGGAAAUGAGCUUAAGAAAGGCGUUUGCCGACAUGUUUGAUGAAAGCCAGCUGCUCACAUGUGAGACAUCAUGCGCUAAGCUGAUGAAGCUGCUGCUGGAAGACAAAUACAAAUCAGGAGAUCAUAUUGAUUUCUAUGACAUGUAGGACCUGCAGCACAUUACAGAGAACACAUCCAUUCAUUGAGUGUGGACCUGACUUUUUAUAUCUUGAAUGUGUCAUAUUGUUACACUCACAUGUAUAAUGUAAGACGCAUUUAGUUUGUAUCAAAUCAACGGCAAAGUAUUUCUGAAGAUCUGUUGUAGUAGAUUGAUCAUACUUUUUAAGAAAUUAUUUUGAAAAGAAAGUGCCUGCCAGCAUUCUAAAUAUAUUGCAGGGCCUUUGUCUGAACUCUUAAAAUAACUUUAAUUUUGUUGCCUUAACUAUCAAUAUUUCUUUCAGACGUUAUAUUAUAAAUUAGGGGUGUAAAUCGCGGGUUUUGUCACGAUACGAUAUAUCGAUACAAAGAACUACGAUACGAUAUUUGCCGAUAUCUUAAAGCCUGCUGCGAUUCAUUCACGAUAUAUCGCGAUAUAGUGCUCUACGAUCGAUUUUUUUUUUUUUUUAAUAAAAAAUAUAGAACAAUAUCCUGAUUUAUAACAAUUCAUACGCAAAAUCAACAAGGUACUGCAAACUCUUUAUUUAGGAAAUUACAAGAGUAUUGUAGUAUACAAAUUGCUUACUUUAACACUGAACUUUGAUGUCGUGUUUUUUCUUUAAAUGUGCGGUGAGAUUUGUGGGCCCUGAAUAUUUGAUCACCGCAUGGCAGGAUUUACAAACUGCACGUGUCUUGUCCGUUGAGCCAUCUUUUCUUUGCAAUCCAAAGUGCUUCCAAACGAAUGACUUGAAGCCUAAAGGGGAGCAAAUUUCCUCGUCUUUUUGGACACUAGCCAUAGCACCAGCCCAGGAGCCGCGUACUAGUUGUCGACUCCCCUUUCACGUGCGUGCUCUGCUCACAACACAACAACGCUGCGCGCACUGCUCCCGGAAAGAGAAAGCGAGCAACAAUGAACUGGAUUUCAAAAUAAAGUCGCGUUUAAUGUCCGAGGUCAAACACGGCGAUAUAAAUUGAUGUUUACGUUUAGCAUCGAUGCCAAUAAAUCGUAGAGCAUUAUAUCGAUUAAUCGAUGUGUAUCGAUGAAUCGUUACACCCCUAUUAUAAAUAUAUUCCAUGGCCUUUGUCUGACCUAUUAUUAAAAUAACUUUAAUUUUGUGACUAACUAUAUUUCUUUCAAACGUUUCUAUUUUGAAAUUAACUGUCGUGCCUCUUUACCCUAAUACACAGUAGUAGUACUAGUAGUCGUAGUAUUAGUAUCAGUAGUAUUACAGUAUAACUGACUUGGUUAUGUGGUACGUAGAGUUCUGCGCAAAUAGGAAAUAGUAGUAAAUAGUAAAUACCAGCAUGGUUAAUGUUGACGUAGCUGAAUUUCAUCCGGGGGCUCGUGAAGGCAAAUUAGAUGUGCGAGAGUGGUGCAAUUGGUCUAAUGACUGCGGUCAAGCCAGCCCUCUCUCGUUUUCUAGUGGUCAAGCCAGGCACUCUUUAACAACAAGUGUGCCCUUAUUCCAGGCGUUGCGGAAAAAGAGAGCGAAGGAAGAGAAGAAUAAGUAUUUACGCUAAUAAAUUCAUUAAAAAUAUUUGAGGCAUUGGAACGAAAAUAUAAGAGGUGUAUCUCAACCAGGCCGUGUGGGAGUGUCAUCCCUCAAAAUUUGGGAUCAAAAGGUCACAUAACCUGGGAGCUAUUGAGCUACAAUGCUAAUACUAAGAAGCAGGGCUGUGGACUCGGACUCGGUCGGACUCGGUCAUUUUUGCCGGACUCGGACUCUGUGCUGAUUUUGACCGAGUCCACCGAGUCCGACAAUAAAAAAAAAAAAUACGUUCAAUUUUAUUUUCAUCAUGCUGCUGAGAAUGCGCGUAGGAAUACUGUCCACAGCCCUGCUUGCUUGUUAUGAAGACAAAUUUAGUAGUUGCGUGCGCGCCCGCGCCUGCCUGCCUGCGUGCGUGCACGUACAAGACCCACAAUGCCCCACGCAGCCAAGAUGGAAGAACCCGGGAGCAGCGAGAGAACAAUGUUUUGCCUCUAGAUUUGGGGGGGAAACGGAGUGUAAGUUACGAUCAAUGCGGCCACGUUGAGUUGCACUUAGGCUAAUGUUUACAUUAUGUACCAAUGUCAAGGACGAUUAUGUCACCCACCUUAUAUCAUUGAUGUGUUUCGAUAGUUGUGGGGUCGUCACUAAUUAUUUGUCUUUAGAUAAAUGUCUGAGCUAUAAUGGUGUAACUAAUGAUUAAAACUUGAAAGUAUUUGUUUAUUGUAUUCGUUUAUAUGUUUAAUAAAGACAAAGCCAUCACAAAA